GGUCUUUUCUCUUAGCGAACGCGUACUGCCGACAAACAAGUGUAAGGCUUUAAAGGGUUAAUUCAACACGUGUGUGAUCAUUAUGCAGGUGAGCUUUAAUUGUCAUUCUAAUACCACUCCUAUCACCUUGGCAGGCACAAUGGGUAACGAUGGUGGUACAAUCGUCAAAAGGACUGAUAUAGUAAAAGUACGUAAUGAUGGAAGUGAUGCAAAAGUAGAUCCUGCCAUCUUGGCAAAAGUGUUGGCAACAACAUGUUCUCUAUCACAUCAACCUCUUCAACCUCCAAUCGUGGCAGAUAGAUUAGGAAAUCUGUACAAUAAAGACAGCAUCCUCAAGUACCUGCUCUCUAAAUCUGAUUCAAAGGGCGAAUCUGAUGCUGCAAAGAAGGCCGACCGAACUGCUGGACAUAUACGAGGAUUGAAGGAUGUUCAAACACUCAAACCGACCGAAAAUCCAGCGUACAAGAGUGCAUCCAAGAAAGGCGAACAAGAUGAAGACAAGCCAGCUCCAUUCAUCUGUCCACUCAACCAAAGGGAAAUGAAUGGUAGGCAUCGGUUCGUUUACAUCAGACAAUGCAGUUGUAUGAUGAGCUCAUCUGGUUUGAUCGCCACAAUAUCCGAUCAAGUUGUGAAUACGAGCAAAGAACAGAAAGAGGGAAGUCAAGUAAGCUGCCCAAUAUGUGCCACGCCUUUCUCUGCAAGUUGUUUCCGCAAGAAUGAAAUCAUACCAGGUGGUGAUGUAAUCAUCUUGAACGGAUCAAUGACGGAAGUGCAAGCGCAGAGGAUUGCAAUGGAGAACGAUCGUGCUGCUGAGCAAGCCAAGAAGAAAGAGGCCAAAGCAAAAAAGGCAGAGAGCACAGAUACCGACAAACAAAGAAGAAAGGAGGAAAAGCGUAAACGUGAAGAAGAGGCAGUCUCUGAACUAGAUCAGGACAUCAAGAGGUCGCGGCAUGCAGAUCAGUCAGAUUUAGUAGCACAUUAACCUGAUCAAGUGCUCAGACCCUUCACAUUGUGUAUUAUAUUUGUAUUUGUAGUAGAUUACAAUUUUGUACAAUUCCAUUCAUGAUGCU